AUGGCCAAUGUCACCUUGGUGUCAGGAUUCCUCCUGGUAGGGUUGUCUGAUGACCUGGAGAUGCAGGUUUUAUACGGUGUGCUCUUCCUAGUGAUUUACCUGGAAGCUGUAAUGAGUAACAUCUUCAUCAUCACUCUCAUCACACUAGACCUACAACUCCAUACACCUAUGUACUUCUUCCUAAAAAACUUGUCCUCCUUGGAUAUCUUCCUUGUGUCAAUCCCAAUCCCAAAAUUCAUUGUCAACUGCCUAACACACAACUAUUCCAUUUCCAUUUUAGGGUGUGCCUUCCAACUACUUUUAAUGACUUCUUUCUCAGCAGGUGAGACAUUUAUCCUUGCAGCCAUGUCCUAUGAUCGCUACAUAGCCAUCUGCUAUCCUUUGCACUAUGGGGUCAUCAUGAAUGGCAGCACUUGUUUGCUGAUGGCAAGUGCUUCCUGGGCCAUUGGAGGACUAUUUGGAGCUCUGUACACAGGUGGUACAUUUUACAUGCCCUUUUGUGGCUCCAAUGUGAUCCCACAGUUUUUCUGUGAUGUUCCCUCAUUAUUAAGGAUUUCCUGUUCUGAAACACUAGUGGUCAUUUAUACAAGUAUGGGGAUUGGUAUGUGUUUAGGUGUGUCUUGCUUCAUCUGUAUUUUGAUAUCUUACAUUUUUAUUUUCUCCACUGUGCUGAAGAUUCCUACCACAACAGGUCAGUCAAAAGUUUUCUCUACAUGCUUCCCUCAUCUCACAGUUUUUACCCUUUUUAUCACAACUGCUUCUUUUGUUUAUCUCAAGCCAUCUUCAAAUACACCUGCCAUUACUGACAAACUUCUUUCUGUCAUCUAUACUGUGAUACCCCCAAUCCUCAACCCUUUAAUCUACAGUCUGAGGAACAGGGACAUGAAAUGGGCUCUGAUGAGGUUGCUGCCAAAAAUACACAAAUGA